CUCGUGAUCUAGGGGGCUGGGGCGGGGCCUUAGAGGCCACACCUUCUUCAGGUUGUUCCCCCUCCCGAGGGUGGAGGGUAGAUGUGCCUCUGAAGGGUCCUACCUGGGGAGACCCCCCUAAAAUGUAGGGCAUAUCCAAAAUGCGUGAAAACUGGGGAAACUGCCUCUCCGCUAGGGUGGAAGCUACCAUGACAAUAAGGGAGUCUGGAGCCCUGGGAAAGAAGACUAUGGAGAUGAGCUGUGGGAGUUCAGGAUUCUUAUGGGCCCUUGAUCCCAUCUGGAGGGAAUGGGGGCGUGUUAGAUGAGCCCCCUAGGUACCAGGGCUCAGUCGUGGCUCCUACCCAGGUCCCUGGGAGGCUCAGGCACGCCCCGGGUUUCUGGUUCCUGCUGCCAGCUACAAGGUGCGAGGCCUCCCCUCUGCUGUGCUGCAGGAUGGGUCCCUCGGGUUUGCUGCUGGCCCUAGGCCUGCACCUGGCGGUGUGCUCCCGUCCUCACCGGGACUACUGCGUGCUGGGCGCGGGUCCCGCGGGGCUGCAGAUGGCCGCCCUCCUGCAACGGGCCGGCAGGGACUACGAGGUGUUCGAACGCGAGUCCGCGCCCGGCAGCUUCUUCACGCGCUAUCCGCGCCACCGCAAGCUCAUCAGCAUCAACAAGCGGUACACGGGCAAGGCCAACGCCGAGUUCAACCUCCGUCACGACUGGAACUCGUUGCUCAGCGACGACCCACACCUGCUCUUCAGACACUACUCGCAGGCUUACUUCCCAGACGCCAGCGACAUGGUGCACUACCUGGGUGACUUCGCGAAGCACUUGGGGCUCCACGUGCGAUACAACACAAACAUCACCCACGUGACUCUGGACAAGGAUCCACAAGCCUGGAACGGCCAUUACUUCAUUCUGACCGACCAGAAUGGCCAGGCUUACCGGUGCAGCGUCCUGCUGGUAGCCACUGGUUUGUCAGUCCCCAAACUGGUUGACUUCCCUGGCUCGGAACAUGUGGAAGGUUACGAGUCCGUAUCCGUGGACCCAAAAGACUUUGUGGGUCAGAAUGUGCUGAUCCUGGGCCGUGGGAACUCAGCCUUCGAGACAGCAGAGAACAUCUUGGGUGUCACAAACUUUGUCCACAUGCUGAGCCGCUCCCGGGUUCGGCUCUCCUGGGCCACCCACUAUGUUGGAGAUGUCAGAGCCAUCAACAAUGGCCUGCUGGACACCUACCAACUGAAGUCACUAGACGGACUCCUGGAGUCGGACCUGGAGUACCUGGCCCUCGUGAAGGACAGCAAGGGCAAGUUCCACAUCACCCUCAAGUUCUUCCUGGAGGAGAACAACAGCAGCCAGAGUGUGGACUCCUUUCCCCUCCCCGAGGAUGACAAUGACAACUUUGCCAUGCGGGUGGCCUAUGACCGUGUCAUCCGCUGCCUGGGCUGGAAGUUCGACUUCUCCAUUUUCAACCAGUCCCUCAGACUCUCCUCAGGGACUGAAUUCAGCAAGAAGUACCCACUGAUCAGAGCUAGCUAUGAAUCCAAAGGAAGCCGGGGUCUCUUUGUCCUUGGGACCGCCAGCCACUCUGUGGACUACCGGAAAUCUGCUGGCGGCUUCAUCCAUGGAUUCCGAUAUACAGUGCGUGCUGUCCACCGGCUCCUGGAACAUCGGCACCAUGGCAUCGACUGGCCGUUCACAGAGUACCCCAUCACACAGCUGACCAGUUCCAUCAUCCGGCGUGUAAAUGAGGCUUCUGGGCUGUACCAGAUGUUCAGUGUGCUGGCUGACAUCAUCCUGUUGAAGGAGAACGCUACAGCAUUUGAGUACCUGGAAGAGUUUCCCAUGCAGAUGCUGGCCCAGCUGGAGUCGCUCACAGGGAGGACAGCACGCCAUGGGCUCUUCAUCAUCAACAUGGAAUAUGGCAAAAAUUUCUCUGGGCCUGAGAAGGACGUCUUCUAUUACGACCGGUCCGUAGCACAUAUAGAAGAUGCCUGGCGUUCUAACUUCCUGCACCCUGUCAUCUACUAUUACAGACACCUUCCCACUGGUGAGCUGACCUCUACCCUCCCUGAGCUCAGCCUCCUCGUGGGGAGUCCCUCUCGGACCACCUCUCCUGACACCUUCUUUUGCCUUUGUAUAGAAUCCUGUUUCCUAUUCACCUUCACACGCCAGAAGCUGCCCCCCUUUUGCCAGCAGGGGUACCUAAAGAUGCAGGGGCUUUCAAGCACCAAGAGCCUUUGGCAACAUGGUGUGGAAAGCAGGCUCUUGCAGGACUACACAGCCAUGGAGGACAGCAGCAGUCGACUUGGUGACCACCCCUCGGCUCCAGGGUCUCUCACUCAGACCCUUGACAGCAACAAGGAGGAGCUCUGAACAUCCCCUCCCGGACUAUGGAGGUAGUGCCUCCUGGGGGCCCUUUCCCCAGGCUCUCUCUUACCUCUCAGGCUGCUCAGGACCAUCACAGAGAUAACAGACGACAAGACAGCCUAUAGAGUGCCGAAGGCUGGGACACAGUCACACAGUAGUGUCCUGUCCUGUGCUGGCCCCUGGGUGCUAGAUGCACAGUUAAGAGGACGGUACCAUCUGUCAAGAAGGAGCUGCCUUCCACAGCCUGCUUGUGUCCAACUUAGAGCAUCACUAAGCACCACCCUGGUCUGGUGUGUCAGCUGCUAGGACCAAGCUCCUUUCCCCUCUGGUUCACUCUGCAGAUGGGCUUGGGUCUGCCAGGGGAACGGCUCGCAGCUGAAACCCCCUCAUUUCCAUAGCAGGCAUAUUAUAAGGAAAGCCUGAGGGCUUCAGCCGUGGGGUAGACGGUUGAGAUCUCUGCUUCCCAGUACAUCUAUGGACCCCGACUCAGAAGCAUCAAGCAUCUCCUAGGGUCCUCGUCCCUAGGGUCCUCGUCCCUCAUGGCGCUCUUUCUUUCCACAUCGUCUCACCUCCUCGGCACUGGCCCUUGGCGGAACUCCAGUCAGGGUGGGGACAGAAAACGCCUACAAGGUCGUCUGCCCAGCUGACUUCUCAGGAGCAGAGCACCUCAGAACUGCCCUGUCCCUGAGAUCACACUCCCAGGGAUUAGCGGCCUCUGUGUCCCUCUCCCACAUUGCUGUCUGGUAUCCUGAGCCCUGUCUUCCUUGAGACCUGCCUGGGCAGGUUUACAGUGUUGCUGCGCCUACUGCCUUAGGCGUGGAAAUGUUGACACUUGCCGGCCCCUGACAGUCUUGAUGUUCCUCUCUUCUUUCUUGCUUUCCUCACCAGAGUCCACAUUCAGCCAACAGAUUAGUCUCACUGAUGAAUAAGCCACAAGGAAAACAUGACCCACAAGGGCAGCCUGGUGAUCAUGUGAUUUCCCAUAGCCCCAGAACGCAGGUACUGUUUCUCACCAGCCCUCUCAUUCUCCAUGGAGGCCCCGCAGAUGCUCAGGGACCUGUCAACCCAAAGCCCCUUCAUGAGAACGUCCUCUUCUCCAAAGAAGAGUCUUUUCUGGGUCCAAUCCCUCUUGGUCACCUGACCGUCUGCAGCCACCUUCCUCCCCGGUGCUUACCAGAUUCUAACAGGGCAAUCCAACAAGUUCAUGUCACCAGGAGGAACUAUGUCCCCUGUACCUACUUGGGGUAGUUUGCACAGGGCCAGACCUCCCUAGCCCAGGAUGUCAGAGUCACACAGGUUGAUUGGCAAGUCAAACUGGGACCCUGCCGUCCCACCCUCGCUCACAAGGUAUUUUUAAGUGAGUCGUUGAUUUAGUGUUAUCCCAUGACAUCGAAUCCUGUUCCUCACAUCUUACCCUCUGCUCACUGAGCCUGGCCGAGCCACUUGUUCGGUGCCUUAGCAAGUAUCUGGCUGACACCCUUGUAUAUGACAUCUGCUGCUUCCUGUCAUCUGCCAGAUCGUUGAUUCUGUCACAGUAUCAGGCAGCCUUGUUUGUUUUUAACACGAAGGAUUCUGUUCUUGCUCAGUUGGCUAGAGAUGAUUUCUACUUCCCUCCCCCCCCCCCCCCCGAGAGAGUUUCACCAUGUCCUGCCUGGCCUGGUACAUAUUACAUAGCCCAGCCUGCACUUGGAUUCAUGGUCAUUCUCCCACCUCAGCCUUCCAAUAGUUAGGAUUACAAGCUCAAACCACAUAAGCUUUUUUAAGGUUUAUUCUUAAUUAUGUGUAUUUGUAUGUGUCUGUUUGUGGGUAUGUGUACGUGAGCGCAGGUGCCCAGAGAUCAGAAGAGGAUGUCAGAGCCCCUUAACGCUGGAGUUACGGGAGGCUGUGAGCAAGCCUGUGUAGAGGCUGAGAACUGAGCUCAGGUCCUCUAAAGAACAGUAAGUGCUGAGCCAGUUUCUCCUGCCCCAGAACUAUUUCAAAGAAAAGAUUAAAGAUAAAGCCAACUGGAUGGGGUACACACCAAUAUCCCAGCAAUAGGGUGGCCAAGGCAGGAAAAUGGAGGUUCAAGGCCAGCCUGGGCUACAUGCAAAGUUCCAGGAUAGUGUGGGCAACUGAACAAGAUCCUGUCUCAAAAAAGAAAUUUUAAAAAGGCAGAAAUAAACUGGGUGCAGUGUUACAUGCCUUAAUCUCAGCACUCCUAAGGCAUAGGCUGGAAUAGCACUUGUGAGUGAGUUCAAGGCCAGCCUGGUUGGCCCAGCAAGUUCCAAGCCAAUAGAGCUACAGUAUGAAAUCCUGUCCCAAAAGUAAAUAAAUUUUUUGAAAAGCAUGAGCAAAAAUAGUUAUGGUGAAGGGACUGAUUGAAACCCGUGAAAAAUUCUAAGCAAUUUUUCAUGAUCAUCUCUUCUGUGGUGUAGAUAGAGAAGGGCUGGUGAGUCUGUGCCUCCACACGUGACACUGCCCCAGGUGAGCUGGGACAGCAGCUGGAGCUGCUGAUAGCCGUGAAGAUAGGAACCACAGGAUACCAGCAGUGGCUCUGCUGGGACCGGGGACGGGUUCUUUUUUCCUCUUUUGAUCAAAUUUGUGUUUAGUUUUCAAAUGUGAUUCUAUGCUACUGA